GGAGACGUCAACUGCACUCUUCUCCUUCAACACAAUAUUUGGUUGUCCUCCGGCCUCGAGGUGGAGCUGUUUGAGAUGGGGAUGUGGUCUCUGGGUCUGGGGACCUUAGGAGUUGCCAUCGUUGGAAUCUUCCUGGCCAACACUGACUUGUGUCUGACCAAGGCUGCCCAGGCCUCACUGGAGUACCUGGAGGACGCAGACCUCCGCUCCACUGGAAACGAUGAGAACACCAUAAGCCCAUUGGAAGACGAGGUGGACCUUAUUCCCAUCUAUUUUCUCUCGGUGUGGAAACUCCAAGUUGUACCAACUAGACAGUGUUCUGUAGGCUUAAGGUCUUGGUCAGGUCGUUAUUGUAAAAGAAUGAUUUACCUGGUUAAAUGAAGGUAUUGUCAACCAGGGACCUUACUGCUUGCACUUUAACUGUGAGAACAUUACUCAUCUCUUGGGAGAGAUAUCUACAACUAGUGAGUUUCACACUUUUAUUGAAGUCUAAUGCAGUCAAACUCGAGGAAUGCAUGGUUCUCUGCAUCUGGAUUUUGUACGUAAAGUCAGUCUUGUUACUUUGCUAUGUGUUUCAUGUUAUACCUGUGAAUGAAUAUGCGUGUGGUCAAUGUGUGUUUAUUAAUGAAGACCUGACUGUAAACUCAGUGACGAGGGGAGAAGGUUUGAUAUCUAAACACACACUGCCUCAAUAUACUCGCCAGGUUGGCAGGAAGCAGGUGUGUGAGAGACAGGAUGUAAAGCACAAUAAACCCAUCACACC